AUGUUCUCCCUAAAGCCCAUCCUAUACAUCUCUCUCCUCCUCACCAGCUCCGCCACCGCCGCCUUCCUACCCGCUACGAGCACAUCCACCUCCAUUCUCAACAACACGAGCACAGCUACCGCCGCGCCCACCGUCUCGGCCGCCGCCAUCCACUGCGACAUCACCUACUGCGUCAACGGUACUUCGUUCUGCCACUUCUGGGCCGGCGCCAGCACGUGGGAAAUGUCGGGCCCGUCGCCUGGAGAAGUCGUCACUACCAUGGGCGUCUGCAAAGUUGGCAAGGCAAGGUUGACCGCGGCUUAA